AUGUCGCAGUACGCUUACCUGUUCAAGUACAUCGUCGUCGGCGAUACAGGCGUUGGCAAGUCAUGCCUCAUGUUGCAGUUCACCGACAAGCGGUUCCAGCCCGUGCACGACCUGACUAUCGGCGUCGAGUUUGCCUACCGGAUGGUCACCAUCGACCACAAGAAAAUAAAGCUCUACAUCUGGGACACGGCAGGUCAGGAGGCUUUCAGGUCGAUCACUCGAUCCUACUACAGAAGUGCUGUCGCUGCCCUUCUCGUUUAUGACAUCACUAGGAGGGAGACCUUCACCCAACUGGGGAGCUGGCUGGAAGAAGUGAGGCAAGGGGCCGACGGAAACAACAAUGUUACGAUCAUGCUGGUCGGCAACAAGACAGAUAUAUCUCACAAGAGGGUCGUCAGCACGGAGGAAGGCGAGCAGUUUGCCAGGGAGAAUGGUCUCGCCUUCAUGGAAACCUCUGCAAAAACCCGGCAUAACGUGGAUCAGGCGUUCUUUGAAACCUCGUCGAUGGUGUACGAGAAAAUUCGGGAAGGUGCCAUCGAUUUGUCCAAUGAGGCAUAUGGAUCAACAGUG